AUGCCUAGAAUCAUCCUUGUAACUGGUUCUAAUACCGGCAUUGGGUUCGAACUUGUUCGACUCCUCGCCGAGAAAGGGCACAUCGUGUAUAUCGCCGCCAGAAACGAAGCCGCAGGGAAGGAAGCCCAACAAAAGCUCAUCGCGGACGGCCUCUCCACCGUCAAGUUCGUCCAUCUGGACGUAAGCGACGCGGCCUCCGUCAAAGCGGCUGCCCAGACCGUGUCUUCGGCCGAAGGUCGCCUUGAUGUUCUCGUCAACAACGCUGGGAUCAGCAAGAUGGGUGUCGACCAGCACCCUGCGUCCAUUGAUCUCGCCACUAUCCGCGAGGCGAUGGAGACCAACUUCUACGGGCUGGUCCAAACCACUAUCGCCUUCAUCCCCCUCCUGCGCAAGUCGGACAACCCCGUCAUCCUGAACGUAUCCACCGACAUGGCGUCAAACUCUUAUCAGGCGCGCGAGGGGGCGCAACUCCAUCUUGUCGCGUACAACUCGACCAAGGCUGCGGCGAACUCGUACACCAUUUCCCUGGCCCAGGAGUUGAAGAAGGACGGCUUUAAAGUCAACGCGGUCACUCCUGGAUACACUUCAACCAAGCUCAACUUCUUCGGUCAAGGAGGAAAGUCCGUCAGGGCGGGUGCCGAAGUCUUGCUUCCAUGGGCGUUGGUGGAGAAAGAUGGUUCUACGUGCAAAUUCAUCGAUGGAAAUGGAAAGGAAUUUGCGUGGUAA